GACUACCACUAAACCGACGUCCGACUUUAGAAGGGUGAAUUUUCACAGUCUAUCACAACAACGCCAGUGUUUCGCGCGAUUCCUUUAGUUCUAAAAAUAUUGACCAGGUCUUCGAUGAAUCCUUCACUCCAUUUACCGGAAACUAACCUUACACGUGCUGACCUGCCAUACUGCGGGACGGCAGCCAUGGUGCAAGCAGGACAAAAUCAAAUCCCACAAGAUUUAGAUUUUGACAGACGAAUAGAUGCAAUUAACCCUUAUACUAAGCACCAAAGCUUCUAUGACGGGAUGCAAUGCCACGAUCCAACAACAACAUCAGCUCAAAACUACGCUGUAACUGUUGGUUACUCGUCUCCGUUACCCCAUGGGCAGCUCGUAUCAGAACCGUUAAAAGUCGAGCUGGAAAAUCAAGAGCUUUGGCAAAAGUUUCAUGCUAUAGGGACGGAGAUGAUCAUCACUAAAAACGGACGUCGUAUGUUUCCUGUUAUCCGAGCAAAUGUUGAAGGUUUGAACCCCAAGGAGGAGUACGUAUUGGCAUUAGACCUAUUACCGGCUGAUGACAACCGCUAUAAGUAUCACAAUACAGAAUGGGCCAUUACUGGUAAAGCAGAAAACCUUCUUCCUUCAAGAGUCUUCAUCCAUCCUGAUUCACCUGGAACCGGCGCACAGUGGAUGAGACAGGUCAUAUCAUUCCAGAAGCUAAAACUAACAAACAACCUMAACGACCAGGCAGGACAUGUUAUCCUCAACUCUAUGCACAAGUACCGACCAAGGAUUCAUGUUAUCCCCGCCAAGGAUUACAACAUGUUUAGCAUGAAGAAGGGAUCAUAUUAUACGUUUGUCUUCCCUGAGACUGAAUUCAUGGCCGUAACUGCAUACCAAAACCCACGGAUAACACAGCUUAAAAUCGAGAACAAUCCUUUUGCGAAAGGCUUCAGAGGAAAUUGUAAUAAUGCAAGUCAUAGUUUUGGGAUGAAAAGAUCAAGAGAUGACGUCGAUGAAACAGAAUCCUUGUCACCUUCGUCGUCGACGGCCACUGUUGAACCUUGCAAAAGGUUUCGCUCCUCACCACACAUGUCUGAAUCAAGCAAUUCAUCCCCCCCACCAGCGUUAUUCACAGGAGGCCCUCUAAGUCGACUUAUGAUGUCACAAAGAUCAUCUUCACAUCACCCUUCUUGUGUCACAGUCCCUGUACAAUCCAACUGUAGGCAAAGACCAUAUUUCACAGACGACAGCAACUCAGAGAUUUACCAACAACCGUCACUUAGCAUGACAUCAGGAUCUCCGUAUAGCCUCUCUUCUCAGUCAUACACGCAUGCGCAUAGCAUUGGUUUGAACUCCAUGACGUCACAAAAUGCACUUCCUCACGUGACCAGACCUAUYGUACACCCGGGAUAUUUUGGACAUGCCCACCACGGAGAGCACACGAUUCAUCACACACCGAGUCAUCUGUCUCAAAGCAUCCCGGGAUAUAAUGACAGCUUUCGGUCAGAAAUUAAUCUGGGUGGAAGGACGAGCAAUGAAUACGCAAAACCGCUGACCAUAUCAACUACUUUUCAAAAUGGGUUUACUGGAAAUUCCCAGUCGUAUCCAUUUCAUUGAAUAAUUGGUAUUAUUUAUAUAUGAAUAUUCUGGAAUUAUAUAUGAGUAUUCUGGAAUUUUAACUGAAAAUUUCUAUUAGAGUUCGUAGUGGGACAUAUAUUAUUGCACGAAGCUGCCACUAGAUGUAUUAAUAAGUCAAGCAUAUAUUAUCAUUAAUUAUCAUUAUACACAUAAAAUGAAGGCAAAUGGGAAGUUUGUAUAAUAUAAACAAUGGAGGGAGGUUCUCYGGCUUCUUAUUCUUUUCAAUAGACCCUUUGAAUGUAAUGCAGCUUUAUCUGGGAGUACAAUACAAAAGGUUUUUGUUCUUUCGUGAAUUAGAAUCUACUGCUUUGUCCCAAAGAUGGAGUUCAUUCCUGCGGGACUGCAAGGGGUCACUGCUUUUUGAAUACGAGAUAUGCAAUUUUGUAUAAUAUUAUUGAUCAUUAUUAUUUUAUUUAUUUAUCAAUGUCUCGUCAAUUUUAUUUACCUAAUUAAUUAUCAUUUUAAUGGCAUUGCAUUGCCACAUUCAACCAGUUGGCAGUUAAAAUUUGAAGUUGUUAUCAUUUGAAUAUAGAUAUUUAUAAAUCAUUAAUAUAAAGAUUUUUACUUAUAUUACUAGCAAAUAAUAAUACAAAGAUUAAGCUGAUAUUUAAGGGGAGGUGUACAGUUACUUGCUCGGCGAUUCCAGUUAUAGAUAACGUCUAUUACGUUAAGUUUUGUUGAAUAUUUCAAUGGCGUUAUGUUAAAUAAUAUAAUUGUAAAAUGCUUUUCAUGCAAAAUAAAGAUUGCUGCAAAAC